AUGACGAGCGAGACUCAGUAUGAUGACAAGGCUUACGACACCAAGAUGAAGGAGUACCUGAAGCCUGCUGAGGGCGCGGAGGCUCAGGCGUUCUUCACUGAGUGGGAGGAGAGCUUCGACAGCUUCGAUCAGAUGGGCCUCCACGAGAACCUGCUGCGCGGCAUCUACGCGUACGGUUUUGAGAAGCCCUCUGCUAUUCAGCAGAAGGGGAUUGUGCCGUUCACCAAGGGCCUGGAUGUGAUCCAGCAGGCGCAGUCGGGCACCGGCAAGACUGCCACGUUCUGUGCUGGCAUCUUGAACAACCUGGACUACAACCUCCUGGAGUGCCAGGGCCUGGUGCUGGCACCGACCCGUGAGCUGGCGCAGCAGAUCGAGAAGGUCAUGCGCGCGCUGGGCGACUACCUGCAGCAGCAGCACCAGCUCUCGGGCGCAGCAUCGGUCAAGUGCCACGCGUGCGUGGGCGGCACCAGCGUGCGCGAGGACGCGCGCAUCCUGUCCGCGGGCGUGCACGUCGUGGUGGGCACCCCCGGCCGUGUGUACGACAUGCUGCGGCGCCGCUGCCUGCGCGCGGACAGCAUCAAGAUGUUUGUGCUGGACGAGGCCGACGAGAUGCUCUCGCGCGGCUUCAAGGACCAGAUCUACGACAUCUUCCAGCUGCUGCCGCCCAAGCUGCAGGUGGGCGUGUUCUCCGCCACCCUGCCCCCGGAGGCUCUCGAGAUCACCCGCAAGUUCAUGAACAAGCCGGUGCGCAGCAGAGCGAUGGCGGGCCCGCGCAGGAUGCUGGCGGGCAGGGGCGGCGCGGCUGUGGAGCAAGCGCAGCCGCGCGCUGUGCGCAUUCUCGUGAAGCGCGACGAGCUGACGCUUGAGGGCAUCAAGCAGUUCUACGUCAACGUGGAGAAGGAGGACUGGAAGCUGGACACGCUCUGCGACCUCUACGAGACCCUGGCCAUCACGCAGUCGGUCAUCUUCGCCAACACGCGCCGCAAGGUGGACUGGCUGACGGACAAGAUGCGGGAGCGCGACCACACCGUGUCGGCCACGCACGGCGACAUGGACCAGAACACGCGCGACGUCAUCAUGCGCGAGUUCAGGUCGGGCUCGUCCCGCGUGCUGAUCACCACGGACCUGCUGGCGCGCGGCAUCGACGUGCAGCAGGUGUCGCUGGUCAUCAACUACGACCUGCCCACCCAGCCCGAGAACUACCUGCACCGCAUCGGCCGCAGCGGGCGCUUCGGCCGCAAGGGCGUGGCCAUCAACUUUGUCACUCGAGACGACGAGCGCAUGCUGCAGGACAUCCAGCGCUUCUACAACACCGUCAUCGAGGAGCUGCCCUCCAACGUGGCGGACCUCAUCUGA